AUGCCUCCUAGGAAAGUAAAGUCGACUGCCAAAAAUGAUAGUACUGCUCCCAGCGCAGUGAGAUCUACUAGAAAGUCAACAACAAGCAAGGACAUUAAAAAUGAAGAUAUUUCUAAUUUAAUUGAAGAGGAUCAGCUUACAGUCAAUUCUGAUAGAAGACACGAAGAGCUCAUUAAAAGUUAUAGCCCCGAAGAUAAUGCUGAUCUAACAAAUGAAGCAAAUGCAGAGCCACAAGGUGCUUUACCCAAAAAACGCGCUAAGUCUAUAACUUCACCAAAAAACCCAAGAAUCAAAAGGCCUCGCCGCGAGGACGCCAUAGAGAUUGCAGCGACAAGCGAGUCAUCAACUCACAAGCAAACAGGUGCUCCUAAUGACCAAGCACGUGAUAACAGCGAACGAAAAACUGAUAACUCUGACUUCGUGGAAAUAUCAACAGCUUCAGAUAAAGUUCAGCCAAUAGAAGAUAUCAGUAUGGAAGACGCGUCUUCUGGCGAGAAAUCAUCCUUGAAUUCUUCAUCGCACGGUGCCCAAGGAUCUUCCCAUACCAUUCGUUCCGAAUCCAAUGAUGAUACUGUUCCGGUUAUCCAGAAGAGAUGGGAAACUAUCAAAGAACGACUAUUUGAAAUUCCCAAACUUCCAAAACCACCAUAUAAAGACUAUCAAGAAAAAAUCGUGAUCAGACGUCCCUGGAUGAAAAAGAAAGAUAUAGAUUACCUUCAGAAACUUCUCACUGAUCCAAAUUCACCUCUAGGACAUAAGUAUAUUAAGCACAUUAUCAAUCAUAAUGUCUAUAGCGAAUUUACGGAUGAACAAAAAACUCGUCUUAUGAAUCUUCUACCACGUUCAGACCUUGUUCCAAUUGCAAGUGAUGCAGGUGAACCCAUUGAUACACCAAGGAUAGAACGUGAACGCCAAGCUCAGGGUUUAAAAUUGUAUGAAGCUGGAGUAUCUGGCACUAUUACUGAAAUAGAUCCGCAAAAAGUUGUUCCGCGGUUCGAUUUUUGGUUAUCUGAUGCGUUCAAGGAUUCCAGAUGGUGGUUUCAAUUGAGCGUUAAAUACGGAUAUUUCACAAAACUAGGCGUUGAUUCGCAAUGGACUAAUUUAGAAAAGUUCAAAACCGAAGUUCCUGAUAUCUGGAAGCCACUUGGCCUAUUAGGGAAAUUUUAUGAUAAUAGAGAAAAAGCUUGUAUACCAAAAAUAGACAAAAGCAUAAAAGGAAUACCAAAUGCUAAAAUUAGAAAUAUUACAGACCGCAAGCCAAAACUAGGUCUAUACCCCUAG